AUGGUGUCGUACACACCCGCACCACAAUUACUAGCGAGUGCCGUGGUAUAUGUCCGGGAUCGCGGGCGUAAUCCGAUAAAAUCCCGCGCCGUGUUAGAUACUUGUGCCACAGCAAAUUUUAUUUCGGAAUCUAUUCUAAAGCGAUUGAACAUUCAUGUAAGCAAAGGCGCGUUGUCAGUUGGUAUGAUCAAUGACGUAAAUACAGAGUCGAGAGGCAUAGUACGGAUCACUAUGCAAUCCACGCGCGAUAAUUGUCGCAGGGAUCUCACGUGUCUGGUGAUUCCGGUCAUCGCCGAUUUAAUUCACCCAGAAGUCUUUCCGAGAGACACGAUCAAAUUACCCUCAAACGUUAGAUUGGCGGUUCCGAAAUUCCACCUGCCACGCGCGGUUGAUUUGCUGAUUGGCUCAGGGCUCACCUUAUCUCUGUUCUCCGUCGGACAGAUCAACUUGUCGCGUGAAGAUCACGAUCUGUAUUUACAGAAAACACGACUCGGAUGGGAGGUGGUAGGUGGUAUACCGUCGCAAGUUCCUUCAAACCCUACGCGUUGCAUGACGAAUCUCGAGAAUCAGUUAAACAAAUUUUGGGCAAUUGAAGAAGUCAGGGAAAUUAAGAGGAAAUCAGACGAACAAAUCGAUUGCGAAGCGCACUUCGAAGGGACGGUGUCUCGCGACGCCGACGGGCGUUACAAGGUUCGCUUACCGUUUCGCAAAUCAAACACGCGACUAGGGGAAUCGCGUUCCAUCGCGCUUAAACGUCUAUUGUCGCCGGAGCGUAAACUCAAUUCAAACACAGCGUUAAGAAACGAGUAA